AUGUCAGCGCAGUCAGGUAUCACCGCCUCUGAGGCUCUUUUGUCCACUUACAAUUCGCUCAGUAACCUGAGACCUUUGGUCAUUCGUCUUUCUGACGAUAACACUAGCUUGGUUGAAGAUGAGACCUUCACUUCAGGAACUGGAUCUAAUUCCGACCACUUCGAGUCUGUAUCUCUGCACUUAUCGUCAUCCCAUCCACACCCUGCUUACUUGAUCAUUCCAAUUGACGAGGAAUCGUCGCUUUUUGCCAGCUUCAUUCCUGAUGAAGCGCCAAUACGUGAAAAAAUGCUCUAUGCUUCCACCAAGUCGACACUCUUGACUCAAUUGGGACUGGGUAACUUCAAGAAGUCCCACGUUUUCGCCUGGAGCGAACUCCCAGAAGUUUCUUUAAAGAAUUUCAACAAGGAAAUUGCUAGUCAUGCAGCUGAUAACGAUCUGUUGUUAACAGAAGAAGAAAGAUUGUUAAAUCAAAUCAACUCUCUACAGAGUUUCUCCAUUGCAGAGACAAAUGACAAGUAUAAAAGACAAUUGGCAUCUAUGGAUGGCACUCCACACUCUUCGUCCACUUCAUCUUUAUCAUCAGCGGCCGCUACUUCCCUGGGUACCUCAACAACAGGAGUUCUGUUCAAAAUUGACCCUGAUUUGGAAGUAGCGCUUAACUCAUUCGCUACACCAGGGCAGUUAUUGGCCUUCAAGAUAAACUUGACCACAGAGACUGUACAUCUCACGUCAUCAGAAACUUCAGUCAAGCCUUCUACGUUAAUCUCUCACCUUACGGCAUCAGCAUCGACAGAGAGUGCUCCACACCCUCAAUAUGCCCUCUUCCAAUACUCGCCCAACAGAGUUUCGUUUAUAUAUUCUUGCCCUUCUGGAUCAAAAGUAAAGGAAAGAAUGGUGUACGCUUCCAACAAGAAAUCAUUAUUGAACCACGUCAAACUGAUACUUUCUGCCAAUGACUUAACUGUUGACAAAAGUUUCGAAGUUGGUGACUUAGACGAAUUGGAACUUGGUGAGUUUGAUGAACAGAAAGAAGACGAGAAUGCUUCUUCUACAAGGUUGAAAUUUAAUAAACCAAAGGGUCCUCGUCGUAGAUAG